AUGUCAGAAGUGCUAUUAAAAUUAUUGUUGGGUUUUUAAUGUUGACGUUUUUUUAUUUUGAAUAGAUCAAUACCGUUGUUCGCUGGCAUCUGAGGAAUUAACCCGUCACAUUAGACAUUGUCUGAUCUGUUGUUGCGCGAAACAUGUAUGCUUACAGUUAACAGGUUUUUGUGUGACUAAUGUCCCCCGGUCGCACUUUUAACCUGUGGUUACUCCUAGUAUUAAUAGUUAAGUGGACAGAAGACUAAGUACUGUAGUCUAGAACAAAUAAUGAGUAUUUGCUAAUUAUGUUAUUUUAUAUAGAAUAAUUCUUUUGGAAGUAGCAGUUUCCCAUCAAUGAAAAUAGUCACUGGACCCCUUGUGUAUGUUUUUAACAUUUGUACUAUAAUUACAUAUUUGAGUAUAAUGUCAGGGGUGUAACCAGCCUUGGGGAAGUCGGCCUUGUAAUUCCAACAAGCUUCCAACGCCCCUGCACCAGUCAAGUCUUGUUUUUUGACGAUACACCUCUCAAACAAAAUUGAUAUACACGGCCCUGUAUAUCCUAUUAACUCAUUAAGUUGCAAUGUGCCUUUUACUUAUAUUUUACCUGUCAAAGGGAAAGUCUUGUCAUUUUUGUGCUUUAAUGGGGGGUUAUUUAGCUGGAAUUGGUUCAUGUCACCCAGUUUUCAGUCAAUGUUUAACACUGGUGCAACAUGAUAACUAAUUGUUCACAAAUUUAGUUCACAUUGUACUUACCUUAUAGGUAGUGGAUGCAAGCAACAAAAGAUGUCACAUAUUAUGACCACUCCUUCAGUGGCACAUGUAUUCCACAAUAUGCUGUGGACCAUCUGAACUUAAUAAGGUACAUGUAUUUAUUGUAACUGUUAUAUAGCCUGGUACUUACCCUUACUAUAAAAUUUGAUAUUAAAAUUUUACUAUUCAUAAGGGAGGUUUAUCCAAGAGGGGGAACAGAUUUCACGGGGAAACCCGAAUUGAAACACUGUAACACAGGCACUUUUAAAAACUUUUAUCACAUGAAAAGAAUGAUUACAUCGUCUCAGGUAGCCCAACCAUGCAAUCAUACUUAUAAUUUAUACUUUUAAUUUAUACUUUUUAUUGCUUUAAUAGUACAUGAAGUGUUUGGUCACUCAACAGCCUUUCUCAUUCAAUCAGGUAAAACCUUAUUACAGUAUAACAGGAAGAACCUCAACGGGUAAAACAGGUUUACCUGAGUGAGUAAAUUAUACAUUUACAUCCGGAUUGCCAUAGAAGUAAUAGCAAUACAUUUGCAUAAUAAUUAACAUCAAGCUACAGUACAAUGUAAAUUAUAGAAAUCGAUACCAGUGUUGAGUGCCGCCUUUUUGCAAAGGGAAAACGCAUAUCAAAGUUUAUGUAUUCUGCCAGUCAUUAAAACACAAAUUCGGUUGGACAUGGUAAAUGAAAUAAGAAACAAAGAAAUUAAAUCAUGGUACUGUGUUUAUUUCCCAUGUGCUUGUUUCUGUCAGUUGCUGUGAUAACUGUGUAGAUAUAUUAAUCACAAUAUUUUAAAAAAUAAUCAAAGUACGUUCUUGUUUUCUAUAUAGCACAUUUCAGCGAAUACCAGUGGUAGUCAGGGAAUGGACCAUCAUAGUUUUGCCAAAUGUUGAAGAUAAGCCUUUCCCAGUUUUAACUGAGACAAAAUAAAUUCCUCCAGUUAAAGGAUAUGAUCAAAGUAAAGAAGAAUUAGAUCCUGUUGAAGGAGUAGACCAGGUGAAAGAAGAAAUAGACCCAGUUGUUAAAGAUGAAGUAGAUAAGGUUAAAGACGAAAUAUAUCCAAACAACAAAAGCAAUAACAAUAAUCUCUUUUACAUUGGUCAAAAAUUUCAUACCAUAAGUGAGUUUGAUGAAGCGAAGGCAAAAUAUGAGGAACUUCACUUUUGCGAAUUAUGGAAACAGGGUGUGAGAACCCUUGCAUCUGCACAGAAACGAGUUCCCAAACGAGCAGCAAAUGCCGAUUUGAAUCUUCAAUAUUACUCUGUGAAAUAGGGUCUGUAAGUUUGGUGGAAGAUCAACAAUAAAGAGAUAGAAAGUGUGAUACAAAUUCAUUCAAGCACGGGUGCCAAUUCGAGAUUUAUAUUGUUUUGUCGCACAACGGGAAAGCGUUUGAAGUUGUGAAAGUGGCUGAUGCUCAUAAUCAUUCCCUGUCAGAACAGCUUUACCGACAUUCUGUACGUUUGAAAGCAAACAGCAAGCUAAUUCAACAUAAGAUACAAAUUUCGACAGGUCUUCCAGUGACUUUAAAGGACAUUGCAAAUUUGAAAGCCAAAGCUAAAGUGGAGACAAAUAGCAAUGAUCUGGAUGUUGUGGUGGAUUAUUUGAAGGGAACAAAUGGGGCAGUAGUAGAAGUAGCGAUUGACGAAGAUGCUUUGCUACGUACAAACUUCUGGAUCUUAGAUUGCCAGUUUAUGUGCUUAUGGUAG